CAUCACCCUCCCCCUUGCGCGUGAACACGCAUAUAAAUACUUCUGCGCGCGGCCGCGGUCUCCAGUCUCGAAGACAGCGCCAUUUUGUCCUGUAAGCAGAGAUUUCCCUGAUUUUUAUCACCAUGAGUGGAUGUCGUGUGUUCAUCGGCCGUCUGAGCCCUCAUGCUCGUGAAAGAGACGUGGAGAAGUUUUUUAAAGGCUACGGACGCAUUCGGGAGAUUAACCUAAAAAACGGGUUUGGCUUUGUGGAGUUUGACGACCACAGGGACGCAGAUGACGCAGUGUAUGAGCUGAAUGGAAAAGAGCUGUGCAGUGAGAGGGUGACCAUUGAACAUGCCCGUUCUCGCCGAGGAAGAGGUGGAGGCCCAGGAAUGGGAGGCCGUUUCUCUCCACGCUUUGGAGGGUAUCGUAAAUCCCGCAGUGUGGGUUCCAGGUAUGCAAGUAUUGAGACAGUCAUAUGCUGUUUGUUGCAUUAUAGUUCAGAUGAGCUAACCUCUACCCUCCUCUUGUAUGGACCACCCGUGCGCACGGAGCACAGAAUCAUUGUGGAGAAUCUCUCCUCUCGCAUCAGUUGGCAGGAUCUGAAGGACUUGAUGAGGAAGGUGGGUGAAGUGACCUUUGUGGAUGCACACAGGACAAAGAAGAAUGAAGGGGUGGUGGAGUUUGCUUCACACAGUGAUAUGAAGAAUGCCAUAGAUAAGCUGGAUGGAACAGAUCUGAAUGGACGCAAACUCAAGCUGUUUGAGGAUCGCAAGAGGGAUCGUAGUAGGAGUCGUUCCCGCAGCAGGAGCAGCUCUCGUUCCCGCUCGCCCAGUCGGAGUCGCAGCCCUGAGCGUGGAAGCAAGCGCUCCCGCAGUCGCUCACCCAGUCGCACCCCAGAGAAGAAGACUACUAGUAACCGCUCUCCCUCGCGCUCACCGUCUCCUCUGAGGAAACAGAGCCGCUCCCGAUCUGCCUCUGCAGAGAGUCAGCACUGAAACUAAAUUUGUGUGUGAGAGUUUUUCCACUUAUUAAUAUGGCAUAUGUCAUUGUGCUACUUUAGUGUAAAUUACUUAUGAGUUGAAUGGGUGAGUGUGUGUGUGUGUGUGUGUGUGUAUGAAGAUAUUUUGAUUUAUUUCUUAUCCUGAGGAACUGGGUGAGUUUAAGAGAUAAUGGAGUGGGUUAAGACUAGAUAUUUUUCACAAUGUCUUGCAUUGAUUUCUAUUUUUAUUUGAUCAAUAUUAAUCCUGGAAUACUUCUGUAGGUAACUUAAAUGUAUGUGGGUUUUGUUUUUCAAACUCACCUUUUAAUUUUUGUUUGAGUCUUUAUAGUUCAGCAGAAGGUUAUGCCUGUAUAUACACUCUUGAAUAAAGUAUAUUAGUAUUUGCCAGAGAAA